AUGUGGAAACAGAGAGAACGGAAGUGUGCUACUUUCCUCAACAAGUGUCUCCGACAGAUCCCUCGCAUCAAGUGGUUCGAUAAAGUCUCCAACCUUGACUUGUGGGAAGCAGCGAAUGAAGACCAAGUCUCUGCUCAGAUCAAGCGACAAAAGUGGCGUUGGAUUGGACAUACGCUAAGAAAACACAAUACAAACAUCACCAGACAAGCGCUUGACUGGAACCCACAUGGCAAGAGGAAAAGAGGACGUCCAAAACAGACCUGGAGACGAAGCCUGGAAAAGGAACUGAGGGAAACCGGUUUAACCUGGGAGGCUACCAAGAGCAUAGCCUCUGACCGGCAAGCGUUUGAGGACAACUGUUGA